CCGAGCUGCUCUUUGUGGUGCUCGCUGUCCUUUUGUGGGAGGCCAGUCCGCUCACUCGCGGGUCCGUCCGACCGUCGGUCGUUUUCUUUGUCUGCUCGGGGACCUGUCUGCCAGCCGAGCUCCCUUCCCGCUGGCUUCAGGCGGCGGGGCUUGAGGCCUGGCCCUGGUCUCCGAGCGCAGGUUCUCCCGGAGGAGUGUGUGACUGACCGGGUGUGCUGGGCGUGUGUGUGAUGGGAACGGGGGCGCGCCCGGUGUGGGCUGUGGGUGUGUCAGGCGACGGGCGUGACGGGGGCGCGCCCGGUGUGGGCUGUGGGUGUGUCAGGCGACGGGCGUGACGGGGGCGCGCCCGGUGUGGGCUGUGGGUGUGUCAGGCGACGGGCGUGACGGGGGCGAGCCCGGUGUGGGGCUGGGGUGUCCCCAGCCUGCCUGAGCCCGGCCGCCGCCGGGGCGCUGCGAGGGGCCCCGUGCCUGUGGUCGUGCGGCUGUGAGCGCGCGGCGACCCCGCGAGGCUCCCCUGCAGGCCGCUGUCUGAGCCCCAGGAGCAGGACUUGCUUCCCUGGGCCUGACCUGGGGACCAGGAGGCUACGGAGCUGCCCACUGCUCUGGGGGACGCUGGCGAGGGGGCCAUGGAGACCUCGGCUCCGAAGCCAGGGGAGACAGCUCUUUCCUGUCAGGAUCCUGCUCUUUCUCUCAAAGAGAAUCCAGGGGAUAUAUCAGGUUGGGGUCUUCCAGAAGCCAGGUGUGAGGAAUCAGUGACUUUCAAGGAUGUGGCUGUGGAUUUCACCCAGGAGGAGUGGGGUCAGCUGGACUCCCCACAGAGGGCCCUGUACCGGGAUGUGAUGUUGGAGAACUACCAGAACCUCCUUGCCCUCGGGCCUCCAGUCCGCAAGCCAGACGUGAUCUCCCAUCUGGAACGAGGCGAGGAGCCAUGGCAGGUGCAGAGGGAAAUCCCUGGAGGGUCUUGUCCAGAAUGGGUGCAGGGGCCUGAGACAGAGGGGUCCUCCCAACAGCAGGACCUUUGCAAAGAAGAACCGUCCCGGGAGCCGGCUGUGGGGCAAGCGCUGAGGCCUGGCCUUCACAGCGCCAGCCUGGGUGACGCGUGGGCCUGGGAGAGCCAGGCUGGUGCUCUGCGGCCAAGCCCCCCUGUGCGCUGGCAGCCGGCAUCUGCCACCCCCAGGGACGUCUCUGCGGAGCCAGGACUCGGGGAGUCCGAGGAGAACCUCACACUCAGGUGCACCCUGUCCUCCCAGCAGAGCAUGCCCCCAGGAGGCCACUGUCCUGACAGACGCAGCAAGGAUGUGCAGUCCCCUGAGGACGGAACCCAAGUCCCGGCCAGGACAUGGGCCAGGGACAACCCUUUCGAGUCCAGGAUGCCGGGUAAGUUCCCCCGCGCACCCAAGCGGGCAGCAGGCGCCGGAGAGGGAGCGUUUGCGUGCGGGGAAUGCGGGAAGGCCUUCCGCCAGAGCUCGUCGCUCACGCUGCACCGGCGCUGGCACGGCCGGGAGAAGGCCUACAAGUGCACCGAGUGCGGCAAGGCCUUCACGUGGAGCACCAACCUGCUGGAGCACCGGCGCAGCCACACGGGCGAGAAGCCCUUCUUCUGCGGCGAGUGCGGCAAGGCCUUCAGCUGCCACUCCUCCCUCAACGUGCACCAGCGCAUCCACACGGGCGAGCGGCCCUACAAGUGCGGCGCCUGCGACAAGGCCUUCAGCUGCAGCUCGCUGCUCAACAUGCACCUGCGCGUGCACACGGGCGAGAAGCCCUACAAGUGCGGCGAGUGCGGCAAGGCCUUCAACCAGCGCACGCACCUCACACGCCACCACCGCAUCCACACGGGCGAGAAGCCCUACAAGUGCGGCGCCUGCGGCAAGGCCUUCACCUGCCACUCGUCCCUCACCGUGCACGAGAAGAUCCACAACGGGGACAAGCCAUUCAAGUGCAGCGAGUGCGAGAAGGCCUUCAACAACCGCUCGCGCCUCACGCUGCACCAGAGGACGCACACGGGCGAGAAGCCCUUCGAGUGCGCCGACUGCGGCAAGGCCUUCAGCUGCCACGCCUACCUCAUCGUGCACCGGCGCAUCCACAGCGGCGAGAAGCCCUUCAAGUGCAACGAGUGCGGCAAGGCCUUCAGCUCGCACUCCUACCUCAUCGUGCACCAGCGCAUCCACACCGGCGAGAAGCCCUUCGACUGCAGCAGGUGCUGGAAGGCCUUCAGCUGCCACUCGUCCCUCAUCGUGCACCAGCGCAUCCACACGGGCGAGAAGCCCUACAAGUGUGGGGAGUGCGGCAAGGCCUUCAGCCAGAACCACUGUCUCAUCAAACACCAGAAGAUCCACUCCGGAGAGAGAGCGCUCAAGUGCGGCGAGUGUGGCGAGACGUUCAGCUGGAGCUCGCACCUCCUGGAGCACCAGAGGCUGCACAGCCAGGAGAAGCCCUUCGCCAUCCAGUUCAACAAACACCUCCUGAGCACGUACUAUGUGCCCGGCAGUCUGCUGGGUGCAGGGGAUGUAGGGGACAGGGCCGUGGACCCGAUGAACGCACUGGACGUGGCCAAGCUCUUGUGCGUGGUUCCGCCCCCAGCCAGCAGGAGUUUCCCCCUGGGGAGCAAACCUCGCGACUAGCGUGAUGCAGCCACUUUCGGAGCCACCCAACCUACGUUCCUUCCUGGCUGCGCGGGGGGUCCAGGCUGCUUGUUCAUCCAGAAGCACGAGCCUGGCCUUAUCGCCUGGUCGGCGGUGGCGCGACACCUGCUUUAGUUAGAGUCAGUCACCUCCCUGCAAGGGAUACGCUUCAGGAGGAGAGCCUUGGGGCCAUUUCAGGAAACCCUGUCACCUGUUUUCCUUGUUAGGUCUGGAAGUAAUCGCCAAGGAAACAUCGUUCCUACAGAUAAAAAGAAGGUGUGUCAACUAUUGUGUCCUCGGAUGGGCAUGGUUUCUAGCUGGAAAUUCCUCUGUAAACUGUUAUGUUCAAAAUAAGAAUAAUAAAGUAGAAGAAUCAGGAACAGUAUUACUUCCCAGUAAACACUGUUAUAUUUCUGGAGAGGAGAAUGAUCUUGGAGGUGGGCAUUUGGGAAAAGCGGAUUUCCUGGACUUACCGCCUGUGAAUGGGUCUGCUGCAGAGCCGGCGGCCACUGGCAGCCCAGUCGGGCGGGCUCCAGGGCCAGCCCACAUGGGGCCCUUGUGCAAAGCCGGGAAGAGGCGACCCUCCCCGUGCCCACGCUCUCCAGAGGUAGGAAGACAGACUUAGUCUGGAGCGAAUGUCUCUUCUACCCAGUCCGAAGCAAGAAUAAGCUGCCUUCUCAGUGGUAAUACUUUACAUUUGUAUAGAGUGCUGUAGCUGAUAAAAUGCUUUCAUAUGCUUUUUAAAAUACGAAGGCAAAACAGCCACACUUCAGAAAAUGUGGACUUAAGAAAAAUAAGAUGCCCAUAAUUCUUAAUAAAACUGCAUUUUGCACUUUGAUGCGUACCUUCUGCUUUGU